AUGGCAUCUAUAUUAAUGGGCAAGGCCCAGAGAGCUGAAAUGUACGAGCAAGAAAGAUUGCAUCAUACUCCGUGGGUUGAAAAGUAUCGUCCGAAAAAUUUAGAUGAUGUUGCAUCGCAGGACCAUGCUGUUAAGAUUUUGAAAAAGACACUUGAAUCCGCCAAUUUACCACAUAUGUUGUUCUAUGGUCCGCCAGGUACAGGUAAGACAUCUACUAUAUUGGCUCUUGCUAAACAAUUGUAUGGACCUCAUUUGUAUAAAUCGAGAGUGUUGGAAUUGAAUGCGUCUGAUGAAAGAGGUAUUUCAAUUGUAAGACAAAAAAUAAAGAACUUUGCUAGAUUGACGAUAUCCAAUCCUUCCAAGGAAGAUUUAGAGAACUACCCAUGUCCUCCUUAUAAAAUUAUUAUUUUAGAUGAAGCUGAUUCCAUGACGAAUGACGCACAAUCAGCAUUAAGAAGAACCAUGGAAAAUUAUUCUGGUGUGACUAGAUUCUGUCUUAUUUGUAACUAUAUUACACGUAUAAUCGAUCCCCUUGCAUCCAGAUGCUCUAAAUUUAGAUUUAGAUUGUUGAACAAUAGCAAUGCCUUGAAUCGAUUAAAAUAUAUAGUGGGUCAGGAAGAAAUUGCUUUGGAUAACGAAGAUGUCCUUGAAGAAGUAUUAAAUAUCUCUAAUGGUGACUUGAGAAAAGCCAUCACAUACUUACAAUCUGCAGCUAGACUACACGCGUCAUUUAAUAAUAGAAUUGAUGCGAAUGGUGACAUCGAAAUGGUCGAUGCUGAUACCAAAAGUAAAAUUACGCAAGAUUCUGUACAAGAAAUCGCCGGCGUCUUGCCAGAAGCUUCAUUAGAUCAAAUUAUAAGUGCCAUUGAGUCUUUGGAUACAAGGACUAUAUUGCAGAAAAUUGAGGAGAUAGUGUUACAAGGCUGGAGCGCUCAGCAGGUCGUAGAUCAGUUACAUGACAAAUUCAUAUUGAACGAUUCGUUGGAGUCAUCCACUAAAAAUAAAAUUGCAAAGAUAUUAUUUGAGACUGACAGGAAAUUGAAUAAUGGCACAGAUGAACAUAUUCAAUUAUUGAACUUAUGCUUACAGAUUAAAAAAGUCCUAUAA